AUGGACGACGAUCUAAAGAGAAUCGAGAACGACAUCGCGCUGGUGGUGGCUGCGAUCGUGGAGAUCUUGGGAGACCACGACGCCUUGCGUACUGCGCUGGCGGAGCUGUCUAUGGACCACGUCGCCUGCAUUGUGCGACUGCUGUGUGGUCUGGAUGGACUCGUGGACUAAGCUUGGUGCCAAUGUCGAACUGGCUGCCAGCUCCAAGUUUGUGUCGACCACCACUGUGGACCGCCUGCGUGGACUGAUCGAUGCUGCCGACGCCGACGAAGACAGCAAGCUGUCGCCAGUCGCUCAGACUCUUUCUCAGGCCAGCUCGCAAAAGCCUGCAUCAUUGGAUGGGUCCCCUCUGUCGAUGCCGCCCUGACUCUCUUCAAGCAGCCCGCAACGCCACUAACAAGGCCGGCAACGGCAGCAAGUCUUUGGCUCGCGAGCUGACACGCGACUGGGCACCGCAGCUGACCCUGCCUGAGUCUCUGGUAGGCGUGCCUGAGCUCAGCCGUGUCGUUGACUUUGUUUCGCUGUUCCUGGACGCCCAUGUGCGGCGCAUUCUGCUGACUAGCGACAUGCAUGUUUUGGUUGAGCAGCUGGCCGUCACCACCAGCCAGGCCCUGGCUGUGUCUGAGCAGCUCCGGGUGCUGGCUGUGGGCUUGCUGCCGUUCAACAUUAUCUGGGAGGAUCAGCAGGCUGAGCGCGUCGCCAAGGAUCUGGAGCUGCAGCGGCGUGAGCUGGGCCUGGAGGAGAUUGUCACGCGCAAUGGCCUGACGCGCACUGAGAUGGAGAGCCGCAGCAAUUUGCCUGCGUCCAAGCUCAGGCCCCAGGGCGCGGCGAGGGCGGCGUGUACUGGGAGCGCGUGCAGAAGCUGGAGCGGUACCGCGUCGAGGUCAUGCACUGGUAAAGCGGGCCUCAGUUCUCUUAUGGAUUUCUUUCUUUCAUUUCAAAAAUAUAAGUGUCAGUCUUCAGUUAUUCCGGUCCAUGCUCCUGGACCAAAAAACCGUCGAGUGGGCCGGCGUCGGCGUCGAAUUCGAGCUCGCAUAGCCCACCGGCUGGGGCGUCACAAUAUCGUCCUGCGCUUCGCUCUCGGAGUUGUCCAGGUGCUCCGGUAGCGUAUAGAUCGCACGCGAAUUAAGGCCUCUGGAGAUCACCGACGAGCUGGUCGUCGAUCCGUCAUCGGUGGCACUGUCGAUUCCGCCAGAAACGCCGCCCGUCGCUGCCACGCUGCCUGCUGACGUGCCCUCCGACGCCAUGCUGGACGGCGGCGAGCCCGCACUGACCUUACCACCUACAUGCGAGGCCUCUCGGUGGUGCGAACGUCGCUUUGGCCGCCG